AUGGCGAGGUCAAGGGCGAGGGUGUGCGCGUGCUGCUCGCUGAUGCUGCUGUGUUUGAUUGUGGUUAUUGUGUGCGUGGCUGUUCUUGUGAGGAAGAAGUGUCCAGAUGACACCUUUACUAAAGCUGCAGUGGCUGCAGACUCCAGGACAUGCUCGGAAAUUGGACGGUGAGUGACAUGAAACUCUUCAAUGAUGGUUCAGAAAGUCUCUGAUAGUUUUGGUGACUGUGCUCGAGUAAAUCAACACAUUAGGACUUUAACUUUCUCUGUAAGUGAGCAAAACUUUGCUCUCAGUAACACGAGAAUUAACAGUUUGAAAUAAUGGGGAGCAAAUUAAACUACGUGCGUGCGUAAUCAAACCAUUACGCACGAGUUCUGAUGUGAACCAACAACUCAUUAAACUUAUCCAUGAGUUAAAACUUUUACAAACUUUAUUUUUACAUGUGCUGUUGUUGGAAACUGUGAAAUCUCUCUUCCUUUUUUCGCCUCCUGAUCAUUUUAAUAUCAUGGAUGCUGAAUGUGAUUUACAUGGAGAGAGCUCAUGCAAAACAUAAACAGCCAUACCUGCACGCAGCAUAACGGAAAUGGAUCGGCAUGCACAGUAGUGAUAAGUGUGUAAUCUCACAGGGAUAUCCUUCAGAGGGGAGGCUCGGCGGUAGAUGGCGCCAUUGCUGCGUUGCUGUGCACCUCUGUCAUAAACCCGCAGAGCAUGGGCCUCGGAGGGGGGUCCAUAUUCACUGUCAUGGACACCUCUGGUAUCAACAAUCAGUCAUUAACUCUCUCAUACAUUAAGAUUAAAUGAUUGUCCUGCUGCGGAGACAUUUUUAAUAUUUAAUUCUCCUUUUUUUUCAAAGGUAAAGUGAAAAUAAUCAACUCCAGAGAGACCGUACCUCAGGAGUUUGACCCUGACCUGCUGAAAUCAUGUCCCAAGACCUUCCAGAUGAUGACAGGUACUGAUCCCGAAUACCAGAUAUUCAAACACCUUCAUACUUUUGGAGGGCAUGUCUGUUUUUUCUGCACUUGAUUGAAAUCACAGGUUACACGCAGGAGGACGCAGAGACAUGCUCCCAAAUAUUAACCUCUUCCUGGUGGAGUCAAAGUCUUUUAGGUCAGCUUCAUUAAACCCUGGACAUGAUUAAAUAUCUCCGUCUCACAUGUUGGGCUUCUUGUUAUAUACACACCAAGAACCACACAGGUCUGAUGUAUAGAGGCUGGCCCAGAGCUGAGAACUCAGCCAAGACCACACACGCUCCUGGAACAGGAGGCCUACACAAGCUAUUAAUCUUGUCAGGACAUGAACUUGUAAGCCUUUUUUGUAGGCAGAGGAGUUCAGCUGUAAGUGAUACAGCGAGGACGUUAUCAGGGAGGAGGAACUUUGUUUGGUGUACAGUAUCAGUUCAAUUUAAGACACACAAAUCAAUAUAUUUCUGUCAGUAAAGUUUAUUAAAGCAGGAAUCAAACCAACAACCUUUAAUGUGAGACACAACCAGUGGGCUGCUGACACAUUUCUGUGAGAACAGAUUUUAAUGGUUUGCAAAUCAGGAUGCAAUUUCAAGAUUUAACUUUUGAUUUUGUUGUACUUGGUUUGGUGGAGCUUCUCAGGGAUCUGCCAUAGCACCCAGGCACGACAAACCCACUCAGGGUCCUACAGAUUGGAGAAAAGAGAGAAUAAUAAAAAGUCAAAGGGGUGGGAUUUGGAAAACAAGAGUGAAAGAGGAGAAAGUGGUCAGAUUUUAAUUUAUAGGAAAGACGGAAGAGAUGCGAGUGAGGUGUGGCCUCAAUCCAGGAACUUUGCUGCAAACCUCACAAGAUAGAAAUGGUGUAAAGACAACCUAGCAAAUAUGGAAACAGAAAAUUUGUGUUUCUUUAUGGAAAAUAUUUGCUUGUUUUAAACGUAAUGUGAGCAACACAGUUCAAAAACUUGAGACAAAGCAGCAAAAUGAUCUUGAAUGUAAAAGUUGCAAGAAAUUCGGGGAUCCGGCUCAUUAUAAUAUCAUGAAAGAUUCAGAAGAUCAGGAUAAAUCUUUGUUUUAAAGAGACGAGACUGAAAACUAUUCAUGGAUGGCUGUGAUCUUCAGGCUCUCAGUCAACACAGACAUGACUCUUGAGUGGAGGUUACCGAAUCCUAUCCAAAAACUAGUCCAUGAACACAGUUUGUCGCUCCAUCCACAAAAAAACAAAGGGUCAAAACUGCAGUCAAAUUUUCUUUAUAUAGCCCCAGUUCCCAACAGUCGUCAUCCCAAGAUGCUUUCCAAAGAAAAAGAGCAGGUCUGUCACGCUCAUUGGAGGUCACAGUCUCUGCUCCAUAGAGGGAGGGACAACCCGGCUUGUUAUACAGGAUAUGCAGAAACUCAGACAAUGACUCUCUCAGGUGAGACCGUGGAUAUCUCAGGGGGACCAUGCAAAUACUGUAACCAUGAGUGCAGAUAAUAACCCAUCAUUGACACAAAGGUUUGAUAGACCUGUCUCAGGUUUACAGAGGUGUAAAAUAAAAGGAGGACUUUAGAAAAUGGUCGUCUUGACUUACCUGCACAUCUGUCCUUCUACUCCUCCAGGCACCCGGUGGGUCGGGGUCCCGGGAGAGAUCCGUGGUUAUGAGAUGGCACACAAGCUUUAUGGGAAGUUGCCGUGGGCGACCCUCUUUGAGCCGACCAUCAAACUGGCCAGACAAGGGUUUCCUAUCCCACAAAUCCAAGGUCGAUACCUCACCUAUCUCGCUACAAAUGAGACCGAGUCUCUACGGUAACGAACACACACACACUCUUCUGUAAAUCAAAAUUGACCCUUUUCUACAUUUAAGUGUGUCUAUCUGCCUGUUUUGACUCUUAGGAAGUUGUAUUCAGAUGAGAACGGGAAGCUGCUGCAGACCGGAGAUAUCAUAAAGUUUGAGAAACUGGCCGACACGAUGGAGGUGAUUGCCAAACACGGGGCGGAUGCUUUUUACAACGGCAGCAUAGCAGAGGAUUUAAUCCGAGACAUGCAGGAGGCAGGUAUUGUACGAUGGUUUUAUUCAUCAUGCUCUCUUUCAGCAUUUUCUGUCUCUGCCUGGCACUAUGAUCUAAUUACAAAAGAACAAAUCAAUUGAAUCUGCAGAGCGCUGCAGUGAUCACUCACAGACUCUGAGCUGCCGGGACGCAUUACAAGUCUCCAUUAUGUGGAGCUGAGAAGCAUUUCUUUCAGUUUUGCUCAGCAGAACCAUUUGUUUCAAUGUUUCUGCUCAGGAGGAACGAUCACGAUGCAGGACUUGGCAGCGUACAGAGUCACAGUGACGGAUGCGUGGGCUGUUCCUUUGGGAGAGUACCAGAUGUACAUCCCCCCACCCCCUGCAGGAGGCAUCAUCCUCAGCCUCGUCCUCAACAUCUUGAAAGGUUUCUGCUGCACAGACUGCAGAGCUGCUCCUCCACACUUUCACAUCACAGAGAGAAGCUUGUUAGCUGUAUUCAUGUGUUGAAUCAGUCCUGUCUCUGCUUGUUUACACUGAGUGUUGGUUGUUAAGAGAAUAUCUUCAUACACUGGAAACAGAGCGUGUUGAAACUGAACGGUUACAUGUGUUUGCACAGGUUAUCGUCUGAAUCCUUCGUCACUGUCAGGUGACAAAAAGACUCUGGCUUAUCAUCGCUAUAUUGAAGCGUUUAAGUUUGCCAACGGGAUAAAGAAACACAUCCGGGAUCCACAGUUCAGCUCAGCAGAAGUAAGUUUGACAUGAUAAUCCGGUGAGUUAAACUGCAAACAGCCUUAAACAAACGAAUCAAGUUUCAACAAAACAGCGGUGUGCAGACUGAGUAGAAACGGACUAUAAUGAUCAUAAAUAGGGCUGGGUGAUAUGGCCUCAAAUCAAUAUCACGAUAUAUUGAUCAGUUCACCUCGAUAACGAUAAAUAGACGAUAACUACUCCACAAGCUGCUCACCCCCUCCCACAUUAACUUCGUCUACUUCAGCCGCUACAACUUUUGAACCGUCCUCCAUCUCCUCACCUGUCUUUCCCUCUUUGUUACGAACUAGAAGGGGUGGAGUCACGUCUCUGACGUAGGACAGCGUCUUAAAGGGACAUGAGAUCAUAGUCUACCUACACACAUCCAAAAGCAACUUUGAUUUAUAAAUUUUUUUGACAUUGAAUAUACUGAUAUAGGUAAAAUAACAUUGGUUAUUGUCGUAAAUUUCGGUAUCUGUAAAUUUUCAAUUUAUCGCCCAGCCCUAAUCAUAAGGAUGUUCAAGAUUAGUGUCUAAAAAAACAGCCGUUUUUUGUUAAAGGUCCUAUAGGGAGUUUUUGAUGUUUAUAUAAAAGUGUUUUUUAUCAUUAAAAGCUUUUGAUUUUGGCAAAUAGAGGGUCAAACUCAUCACCCACCAGAGUAGCUUAACGCCCUUAAAGGCCACCGUCACUUAGAGUAUUUCUAUGCUAGAUGCUGCUUAUUAUUUCCACCUAUUUCUACAAAACGUCUAAAAUUCUCUUAAAACCUCAUAAAAGUGUCUCAAAUAUAAAUUUGAAAGGUCUUAAAAAUGUAUUGAUGUUACUUACAAAUAAAGAUUGAUUUGAAGUUAGUUUUUUGCCAGUAUGGAUGUUCAUGGAUCUUAAAUUGUAUUUAUUAUGGUCUUCAAAAGUCUUAAAAAGUCUUAAACUUGACUUGUUGAAACCUGCAGGAACCCUUUACGUAACUCUCCACAUAACACAGGAAGGUCAAAUACUCUGUUUUCCUGGAGUCUAAGUUAAACGUUUGAGGAUGAGUACCUCAAAAUCGCCCUCAUGCACGAUGUAAAUGAGCGUAAAUGUUCUGAGUUAAUGUCAUUGUUGCUUAGAGAGACUGAAAAGUGUGAGAGCCAAUUAGUCUCGAUAAUAAGCUCUCGCACUUCGCUGUAAUUGCUCAUACCAAUUAGUCUUUAGUGUGCAUGAGGCUCAGUGUUGCACCACUUGACCCUCACUGGGUCUCAAACAUGGAUAAAAACUCAGAUUUGUGAUGUUCACACAUGAAUCCAGACUCUCUGAACUUUAAAGUUUAUAAUCCGCAUCCUGUAACUCUGCUGCGACUACGUCAGCAAAUGUGUCCGACUUGUUAUUUUGAGAAAGGACACGCAGGACAAGAGCUUUAGAGGCAAAUCAAAAAACACCCAGAGGUCAAAAAUUGGGUUGCAAAUCUCUUUUAAACACGCAGAUCUGAUUUUUUUCAUCUCCUCUGCAAACAACAAGAAGCCCGAGUUAUGAUUAAUGCUUUAAAUGGGAAACUGGUGUUUUUUUAAUGCUUUUUACUUUGCACAGAUGGCCAAGAAAUUCACAGAGGAAAGCUUCGCCAACAACAUCCGGAGCUUGAUCAGUGACGACAAGGCCCAUGAUCCUCAGUAUUACAACAUCACGCCGCAUCUGGACAGCGUGGGCACGACGCAUGUGUCAGUGCUGGCUGAGGACGGAUCUGCUGUGUCUGUCACCAGCACCAUCAACCACAUGUCAGUCCUCUGCAGGGUUCUGCUUCAACCCUCAAAUAUUAUUGUUGGUUUGAAAGCAGAGGAUUAAGAAGAUUUAAGAGAUUAUAGAGCAAGUGUUUUUGUGUGAGAGGAAUUUGAAAAGAAAUCUCUGCAGUAAUCACAGUCCAAAGCUUUUGGUAACAGCUCUGAUAAUACACAUUGUGAAACAUAACCGCGGUACGUUUAAUGUUCCUCAGACGGCAGCAGAACAAAUCCUCUUCUUCUUCUUUUGAUUCACAGAUUCGGCUCAAAGAUCUUCUCUCCAAGGACCGGAGUCAUCCUCAACAACGAGCUGUACGACUUCUGCGGGAAAGUCGAUAACAUCUUCCCCGGUAAUCAGAUCAGCGCGACAUGUUUUUAUUUUCAUUUAACUAAAAGAGUCAACAGAUUAGCAUCAUAUGGACAGAUUAGUUUACUGAAUUACUGAGUUUAACAUCCACCUAGAAAAGCUUCAUCUCAGCACAUGAAGUUGAAGCCUCUUUAAAAGAAAAGAUUCGCAGGGACCGCUGAUAUAAAUCUGAAGGAAAUUGUUGUUUUUAUCAGAGGAGGGAUCAGCGAAAGAGAUGAAACGAAUCACUUUGACCACAGGAGCAGCAGAAACCAGCACAGACCUACAGCUGCUCUUAUUAAAGAUAAUUAGGACGACGGACUCAGACUGAUUUUAACGUGUUUUAAAAAGCAGAAAGAUGUUGACAGGAAACUAAACGUACAUGUUGUUGCUAAACCUGCAGGAUUAAGUUGUUAAAGUCGGUUAAGCAUUAAAACCCUUCUUUAGGCCGUGCCAGAAACUCUGAUUAGUCCAUCAGUCUGGUUAACUCGACACCUUACAUCUGACUGAUAUAUCUCAUCACCUGUACCCUGGAUUACUACUGGCUUUGGUGCAGAUUUCCCAUCGGAGCUGACGACCUAAAAACAUUUCCUUUAGCAGCAGCAGCAGCGUGACUAAAAUUUGAAUCAAUUCCUUAACCCAUACUCUGAGGAUCAAUAUUGAUAACCAUAAUCUUAAAUGAUGUAGGAGCCAAGUGAAACAAGGAGACCAGGCUGAUGAAAAUCUACAUAUGGAGUCGUGUGAAUGAGAUAAAAAGUCAAAAUUAGGAUAAAUGAGUCAUAAUUAUGAGCAAAAAAGUCGUAAUAGUAAAAAAGAUGUAAAAUUAUGAGAAUGUUUUUUACAAUAAUGACAAAAAAGUCAAUAUUUUAAAGAAGUGAGUCUUUAUUGUAAGUGAAAAUAAUCAGAAAGUAGGUCAGAGUUAAAUUUACGUAACAGUUAUAUAUAAUUAUGAGAUAAAAACUCUAAAAUUUGAGUUAAUCAGUCAUAAUUAUAAAUGAUAGAUGAAAAUAUGAGUCAGUAAAUCUUAAUAAUGAGACUUUUAAUCAAUAUUUUAUAUCAAAAAGUAAUAAAAAUACUAUUAAAAAGUCAAUAUAAUGAGAUAGGCAGUUCAGAUUAUAUAAUUCAUAGAAACCAAGACAUGAAUGUUUUAAUAAUCUAACUUUUUACCUCAUGAAAAUGACUUAAAAUAUCAUAAUUUGACUUUUAAUCUCAUAAUAAAUCAUUCAUUUUAUAUUUGUAAUGAUUAUUUAUCUCAUAAUUAUGACUUAUUAUUGUGUAAUUUUAAUUAUAUAUCUAAUAAUGAUGACUUAAUUUCUCAUAUUUUGAUAUCUUAUCACAUAAAUCUGACCCACUUUCUUUUGACUGUGACUUUUAAUGAUUUGAUUCUGAGUUAAUAUUCAGGAUUUAUGUGUUUUCAUGAAGGCCGCGCCUCCCUGUAGUUGUUAAAUCAGCUGUAAUGGACUUUUAUAACCACAGUGGCGUCUAUGAGAUUCACAAGAACAGAGGAGUUAGAGUAACUGAGUGUUUUUGGAAACGACCUUUGCCUUAAAUCAUGAAUCUUAGAGAAGGAGAGACUCUGAGUGAAAUGGAAAAGUUUCCUCUUUUAGCACAAAAAUGACAGAAACAUUCAAUUUUCUUUAAUUUGACGGAACAAAGGCUGAAUUUAUUUUGUAUAAAUAGUCAAGAUUUCGUUUUUGUUCGGUUGAUUUUUCUGUCUAAAAGUGAAAUAUUCAGAAAAGGAGGGAUGUUUUUUAUAUUAAGUGGUAAAAACCGUUGAAUGAAGGUGAAGUACAUGUCAGGGUCGAAUUACCGCCCUUCAUUCUCUGAUUGACGCCUUUGAUUCCCUGAUUCAAAGACACGCCGCCGCCGCUGCUGCGUGCAUUUAUAAUCAUUUCCUUUCUUCCUCUUCACAUCGACGAGUCUGUUCUGUCAGUCAAAGCUUUGUUUUGCUCGCAGGGGAGCAGCCUCCUUCCUCCAUGGCCCCCGCUGUGCUGAAGUCUCGGUCGAAGACGCUGGUGAUUGGAUCGACUGGUGGGGGAAUGAUCACGACUGGGAUGGCCUCGGUGCGUAUCAAGGGCAAUCAUACUAAGUGCUAUUAAGAUAAACGCCGCCGCCGCCUAAUGCCUCUCACUGUUGUCAUAGCGAGAGCCGUCUCCUCGAGUGUCUCCAGCGUGUCCAUAAUCCAUUCUGUAAUCAUCACUCUCCCAUCAGUCAGAUUGAAAUGUUUUGUUCUGUCUAUCCUCCAGACGCUCAUGAACCACCUCUGGUUUGGAAGGAGUCUCAAGGAGGCCAUCGCCACUCCUGUUGUUUACGUCGACUCGGAAAACUCAGUCAAGUUUGAACCAAAGUUUGACAAGGUAAUAAUUUAUCAGCCGUGAUGCUGCAUCAUGCACCGUCUCAUUAUCGAUUCUUUAUCGAUUCCUUUAUCGAUGCCUUUCUUUGAUUUAAAAAAGUAGACUAAAGGUUUUCACCGUUAACUCCAAAUUUUAUUGAGUCUCUGAUCACAGAAAAAGAUGUACGCCACCUUCAGUGAGAGCCAAUGAUAAGCAGACUUCUCUUCCUGGCUGUAAUGAACAGUUUGAUAGGAAAUAAAACCAUUUAAUCGCUAUCGUCUAAAAAUACAUUUACUCUUGUUGGUAUUUAGUCAAAUACAUGAUACGUUGUUAAGUCUGGCAUACAUUGUGUUUAUGUUAACACAGGACAUAUGUACCUGACGACCAGCGGAGAGUGUCUAAUACAUGUGACUCCUCAUAAUUGAAGCCGUGCCCCGUUGACAAAUUUUUUCUUAGUAAAAUGAAGCCACGCCUUAGAUCGUUUCUUCCUACUUUUCGUACCGUCCGACAUGUUUUUUACUCAAAAUCUCUGUUCUCAUUUGCGUAGAUUUGCUCUCGCGAGACCGUUUUUCAAGGCACCAGGAAGAAAGGAUUCGUUAAAGUCCUGGUCGACGAUCUGGGAAGCAGUUAUAAGAAAAACGGAGCCGUUGAGGCAGAUUUGAAAAAAACACUCCCACCCCCCACACACAAGAUUUCUACGCUAGCUCCAAAUAGGAUUCACCAUGUCGGAUUGUUGGUGACUAGCAGCAGUAAACACCAGCUCUGCCAGCAAACGCCAUCUGCAGCUGCCUGGUCAGCUACCGUGUUGACAUGUCAGAGACUAAUAAGAGUUAUUUAUGUAACAUGUGCCACGAUAAAAGGUGAUAAAAAUGACCUGUUCAACAAAAACUCUGCUGUCUCGGCGUCUGUUUUCACGACCAAAUCCUGGCGGAGCUUUCUCCACCGCCCUUUCUUUUGUCGACUUGUGUUUUCUUCCCACUUUAGGCGGUGGGUCGAGCAGAAGUGUUUUUUUUUUGCGUCCUUCUCCAUCACAGCUCCUGUAGCUAAGCUGCUACGCUACUUUUAGCUGAUCAGAGCUCCGAGGAGGGCCGGGAGAGUGGGAGGGGACGAGUCAGAACCACGGGAGAGGGGUGUGUCGAAUACAGCGAGCUGAUUGGAUGAAAAGGCAAAGCAGGAGAUUGACCAAUAGGAGCUGUUCGGGACGGGUGGCUCCUAUUGGUCAAUGUUUUUGCAGCCCUUCUCUUCACUUUGUGGAGAUCGCACCAUAGGACCAUGAUCGCCAUAGAAACAUGGUUCAUAAUAAUCACCAAUCUCUCCAAUCGUCAUUCAUGCCUUUAAGGGAAUCUUUAAGAUAAAACAUAAACGAUGUCGAUGGAUUGAACCGUUUUUAACUGUUUCUCAACAACUCAGUAAUUCUAUCAUAGGAAACAUUUACUCUUCAGCCUUUAUUUCUCUGUUUGUCCUCCUUUAUUCUUCAUUUCUGUACAGUUAACAUUCUCAUAUCUCACUUGUAUUUGCUGCUCGUUUAUGUUUCUCAUAUUUUGGAACAAUCCGGCGCCAGACUUUCCCUCAGGGGGAUAAUAAACCUCCAUCUUACUCCAUCUGAGCCCCUCUCCGUUUUAUCUCUUUGCCUUUCAGGAUGUGAUUGAGGGGCUGAAAGCGAUGGGGCACACACCAGGCUCUCCCAGACUUUUCUACAACGUGGUCAACGCCGUGGAGAAAGAGGACGGCUGUAUCUCCGCCGUGUCCGAUGCCAGGAAACUGGGGGAGGCGGCGGGUUACUGA